UGGUUAUCCAAGUGUAGAAGAGACGCAAACUGUUCAGGACGAAAAUUUGACCUACACAGCAAAUAUUAUUAUUAAUCCUUUUUGCCGAGUCAAACCCUAUUUCAUUUCAAAAAGCAUGGCCACAUACACAUUAGUUUUGGUUAGACACGGGGAAAGUGAGUGGAACAAAAGUAAUCAAUUUACUGGUUGGUAUGAUUGUGAUUUAACCGAAAAAGGAGUAACCGAAGCCAAGUUUGCUGGACAGUCCUUAAAGGAAAAAGGUUACACAUUUGAUGUGGCUUUUACCAGUGUUUUAAAAAGAGCCAUCAAAACUUUAUACUUGGUUCAAGAUGAAUUAGAUCUUCAUUGGUUACCGGUUCAUAGACAUUGGAGAUUAAAUGAACGUCAUUAUGGUGCUUUACAAGGUUUAAAUAAAGCAGAAACAGCCAAGAAAUAUGGUGAUGAGCAAGUUCAUAUAUGGAGACGUUCUUAUGAUAUUCCACCACCAGCUCUGACACCAGAUGAUGAAAGAUGGUCGGGUAAAGAUAGAAGAUAUUCUACUCUUGAUAGUAGCUGUGUACCAGCUUGUGAAUGUUUAAAAGAUACAGUUGCUCGUGUUUUACCAUAUUGGUAUGAUAAUAUAGUUCCUGCUAUAAAGUCUGGACAAAGAGUACUGAUAUCAGCCCAUGGUAAUAGUUUAAGAGCUCUAGUUAAAUAUUUGGAUAACAUGACCGACGAUGCUAUUCUAGCUCUCAAUAUACCUACAGGUAUUCCAUUGGUUUAUAAACUGGAUGCAGAUCUGAAGCCAAUUGAACAUUUCUACCUGGGAGAUCAAGAACAAGUAAAAGCUGCCAUGGAAAAGGUGGCAAACCAAGCAAAAGCUAAAAACUAAAUUAUUUAAUGUAUUUAACAUUGUUACAUUUGUAAGUAGAGUUCCAGACCUUUACUAAUUGCUAGGUUUUUAACAUCUUGUGUAGAAGUUAGAACUUCUCUUUUCCACUUGUAUACAUGUAUAUUUAUUCUAUAAAAAAAAAGUUGUAGAUCUAAAUUUUCUUCCAUUAGUUAUUAUGCACAUGAUAGUUAUAUUAUUUUUAACUUGUUCAUAUUGAUCAAUUCAGCGCUAAGAAUAUUAAUGAGAUUAUAGAUCAAAACGUUCAUUUUAAUUAAUAAUAUUAAUUUAACUUUUCUACAGUAUAAAUCCUCAGCCUACCAGUAUGUUGGAAACUGUUUCAAAUCUGACCGGUGGAUUGUUUUUUGUGCUAUUGUCAUGUGCCAUCCUUCUUUUAAUUAUAUUUGUUUCCUAGUGCUGGCAUUAUUUUAUCUCUGUUAGAAUGUCUUUAUUAUGUGGAGAAAUAAAUCAGUAAAAAAAUUA